ACCGGAAGCAGUGUUAUCGCUUUCCGGUGCGAAAGAGUUCCUUCUCGAAGAUGGCGGCGCGAGGCUUCCAGACAAUGAGCCCGGGCGCGGCGGCUGCUAUGGCAGCGGGUCCGGGGCCUGGCCAAGCACAAGGGACGGGGCAGGCCCCGGGCAGGAUAGCAGGAGCUCAGCAACAAAACAUGUUCCGUUCAGCCAUGCCAGGCCAGGGAUACCCGCGCCCAGGGAUGCCUCCGGGCAGCCGCAUGCCACCUCAGGGUGCUUCCAUGGGUCCGCCGGGUCCUUCGUAUGGUGGGAGCCCAGCUGUGCGACCAGGCGUGCCUCAGUCAAUGAUGGACCAGUCUCGCAAACGGCCAGCGCCUCAGCAAAUUCAGCAGGUGCAGCAACAAGCAGCCCAGAACCGCAAUCACAAUGCAAAGAAGAAGAAGAUGGCCGAUAAAAUUCUACCUCAGAGGAUUCGGGAACUUGUGCCAGAGUCUCAAGCCUACAUGGAUUUGCUGGCAUUUGAGAGGAAGUUGGACCAGACUAUAAUGAGGAAGCGCCUGGACAUCCAGGAAGCAUUGAAAAGACCAAUAAAGCAAAAGCGAAAGCUUCGUAUAUUUAUUUCUAAUACGUUCAACCCUGCAAAACCAGAUGCAGAAGAUGGCGAAGGAACUGUGGCAUCCUGGGAGCUUCGAGUGGAAGGCAGGCUUCUUGAAGACUCAGCUGUAUCGAAGUAUGAUGCUACUAAACAGAAGCGGAAGUUUUCCUCAUUCUUCAAAUCCCUUGUGAUUGAACUAGAUAAAGAUCUCUAUGGACCUGACAACCACCUGGUUGAGUGGCAUAGGACAGCCACAACUCAAGAGACUGAUGGCUUCCAGGUGAAAAGACCAGGAGAUGUGAAUGUGCGCUGCACCGUAUUACUGAUGCUAGAUUACCAGCCACCCCAGUUUAAACUGGAUCCUCGAUUGGCGCGUCUGCUGGGCAUCCACACUCAGACUAGGCCUGUCAUUAUCCAGGCUCUCUGGCAGUACAUUAAGACACACAAGCUGCAGGACUCCCAUGAGCGGGAGUUCAUCAACUGUGACAAAUACCUCCAGCAGAUCUUUGAGUGUCAACGAAUGAAGUUCUCAGAAAUUCCUCAGAGACUGCAUGCUCUGCUGAUGCCACCUGAGCCCAUCAUCAUCAACCAUAUUAUCAGUGUGGACCCAAAUGACCAGAAGAAGACUGCAUGUUAUGACAUUGAUGUUGAAGUGGAUGACACACUAAAGACUCAAAUGAAUUCAUUUCUCCUUUCUACUGCGAGCCAGCAGGAAAUUGCUGCUCUCGAUAAUAAGAUCCAUGAAACAAUAGAGACCAUUAACCAGCUCAAGACACAGAGGGAGUUCAUGUUAAGUUUUGCCAGAGAUCCACAGGGCUUCAUCAAUGACUGGUUGCAGUCCCAGUGCCGUGACCUGAAGUCUAUGACUGAUGUGGUAGGAAACCCAGAGGAGGAGCGCAGAGCAGAGUUCUACUUCCAGCCCUGGGCUCAAGAAGCUGUUUGCAGAUACUUCUAUUCGAAGACAGAUUAA